AUGGACGAGUUCGAUUUUGACCGCGCUGCCUCUGCCUUCCCAGAUAUCUCACUAGAUGGCGAGGGCGAUGUGCCCGCGUUCUCCUCUGCGGCUGCUCCAGUCAACUCAGGUUUCUCGUUCGACGAUUUCGGGAGUCCACCGAGAGCUUCAUUCACAGAGGUGAAGGUCACCGGAGACGAAGAGAUCGAGAAGUUUGAGGGCCAGUUCCCUGACAUUGACCCAGUGUCUCCUCCACCUGUCGUCACUUCUCGCCCGACGUUCGGUGCUGCUCCUCCUUUUGCACCUCGUCCCCAGCCCUCUGCAUACUCCGCUACGCCGAUUCUCAACCAACAACUUGACGCUGACGAACCUGAACCCAUCAGACUAUGGCGUGAAACACAAGCAGAGGAAAUUAGGGCUCGUGACGAUGCGAGCAAGGCCAAGCGUCAGGAGACGAUCGGUAAAGCUGAGCGGGCGAUCGACCAAUUCUAUGAGGAAUACGCCGCAAAGAAAGCCGACUCUAUCAGAGCGAACAAGUGCGUUCACUGGAAUACUUCGAGUCCCUACGAUCCGUCACUUACCAAGGGCACCACCUGGGAACGUAUCUGUGACAUUAUUGAGCUGCAGAAUUCGCAGAGCAAAACCAUUGCCCGAACUGGACCCGGUACUACGGACCUUUCGAGGUUCAAAGAAGUUUUGCUCAGGCUCAAGAGGGAAGGAGAUGCAGCACCUGGUGCCGCAGGUUAUUAG